CAGAGGAGACGGAGCCGCACGCUGCAGAGAUCACCAAACACACACACAUUUACACACACGCGUUUUUAUAAACACUUUUACAACCAUAAACGUGAUUAUUUUUUUCCCUUAAAGAAAAAUAAUUAUUGUAAGAGUGCACCGCAAAAACGUGAUCUCCCUGCAGCCCGGGGACUUUAGGAGUCUGCAAGGAAGUCAUCAUGUGAGAAAAAAAAAAUUUGCUAAACGGACAAAAGGGCUGCAUCAUAAGGGGAACAAAACUAGGCUGAAGGAAAGGAAGUAUGGCUGAGGUUUACAGUCGAUGAAGUCCGUGGGGCGUGUGUUAGCGUGACAGAGGUGGAGCUUACUCCACGCACAGAGAGACGUUCCUCUCUUAGGAGGCCUGUGCUGUCGACCCCGAAAACCCAGCCGAGAACUGUUGCUGGCGCUGCACCACAACAUGCAUCUCAGUCCCUCAGUCACACAGGAGCAUCUCAGCGCAUGCUAACACUUGGAGCUGUCACUGUCACCUCCUGUCAGAGCAGUCAAACAAUGGAACAGACCACUGGUGUGAGCGGUAUGUCCGUGGAUGAGAAGUCUGAAGCUCCCAUGUACGUGUAUGAGUCGACAGUGCACUGUACCAACAUCCUGCUGGGUCUGAAUGAGCAGCGGAAGCAGGGCCUGCUCUGUGAUGUGACCGUGCUGGUGGAGGGCAAGGAGUUCCGCGCGCACAGGGCUGUCCUAGCGGCCUGCAGCGAGUACUUCCUACAGGGGUUCGUCACCCAAAGUGACAAUGAACUGGUUCUCAGCAUGCCAGAGGAGGUCAGUGCCCGGGGAUUCGCUCCAUUGUUACAGUUUGCCUAUACGGCUAAGCUGCUGCUCAGCAGAGAAAACAUCCAGGAGGUCAUCCGCUGUGCCGAAUUCCUGCGCAUUCACAACCUGGAAGACUCCUGCUUCCGCUUCCUGGAAGCCCAACUGCGCAGCGAGGAGGAUGGCCUGCUCCUGUGUCGCAAGAUGGCGCCUGAGAGCAAUCACUCGGAGGAUGAGAGCAUGCAACCUGAGCUGCUGACGACAACGACAACUGCAGUGAACCUGCCCGGUUCUCCACGCUCUCGUCGUUGUGCGGAGACCCUGAACUCCUUGCGGCGACCGGACCGUGAGCAGCUGGCGGCAACGGAAGAUUUCGCUGAUGGGCUGAUGGACUUUGAGCGACACGGCACCUCAGACCUGCCACGAUGCCCUAAGUACAGGAAGUACCAGUGGGCAUGCAACAAGCACAAUAACGACGCCUCCUCACACACCAGUACCUCAGGUUUUCCAAGCACAUUCAAGGAGAUGAGCAGGCCAGCAGUGAUGCAAAUCAAGCAGGAGCCACGCAGCGAGGAAGAGUCCAUCUCGCUUUGCCUGUCAGGGGAGGAGCAGGACGGAGGCGAAAAGGACGGUGUGGCCGAGAUGGAGCUGGAUGAUUCCAUCGCAGUGGACCAACCAAAAGGCAGUAACAAGUCACCGACCUGCCUAAGAACUCUUUUCAAUAAGGACCUGCCUAGCACACCCCAGCAGCUUUUUGUUAACAGACUCAUUAAUGCCCAGGAUAAAGGAACCACUCAGGCAGACCACAAAAAUGACUACAGGCCUUCACUUGGCAAUGAGCUUGGCAUGCCUGUGGUGUUCCCCAAAGACGCUGAUAGUUUCCCGCCAGGGCUUUCGUUGAAGUCGGAUUCAUGUGAUGGUGUGUGCAAGCAAGAGGUGGAGCUGGACCGCCGCAGUGUCAUCUUCCCCCCAGGGGCCUGUGACCGACUGGGUACUCCCACCCACUCCCAUCCCAGCGGAAACUCAUUGGAGAAGGAGCUCUCAGAACACAUGCCAAAGGGAUUGUGGGCCGGCGCCAGCCAGUCCCUCCCCAGCUCCCAGACCUACUCCCCCAGCACCAUAGCCAGUGAACCACCCCUGCUUUGCCGCCAAAGGCCCAAUACCAGCUGCCCAGUGCCAAUCAAGGUAUGCUCGCGAUCGCCCCCUUCUGAGACUCGCACCCGGACCUCCAGUUCCUGUUCGUCAUAUUCUUAUGCUGAGGACGGGAGUGGCGGGUCUCCAUGCAGCCUUCCACAGUUUGAGUUUUCAUCAUCGCCUUGCCCCAAUGCGACAAGGUGUCUCACUGCUGACCCGCAGGAGGCAGGCGGUGGGACAGAUGCUCUCUUCACACGGGUACGGCCAAAGAUAAAGUGUGAGCAGUCGUAUGGAACCAAUUCCAGUGAUGAGUCAGGGUCCUUUUCGGAGGGGGACAGUGAAUCAUGUCAUACUCGAGAGCAAGGCCCUGAGGUCAAGCUUCCAUUCCCCGUCGAUCAAAUCACAAAUCUUCCACGCAACGACUUCCAAAUGAUGGUGAAAAUGCACAAGCUGAGCUCAGAGCAGCUGGAGUUCAUCCACGACGUGCGCAGACGCAGUAAGAACCGUAUCGCGGCCCAGCGCUGCCGCAAGAGGAAACUUGACUGCAUCCUGAACCUUGAGUGUGAAAUACACAAACUGGUGUGUGAGAAGGAGAAGCUCUUAACAGAGCGCAACCAGUUAAAGGCGUGCAUGGGGGAGUUAUGGGAGAAUUUCUCCUGUCUUUCUGAGGAGGUGUGUCGAGACGUCCAGCUGAGCCCAGAACAGGUCCAUCACUACUGCCCAAUACUGCGCCCCGGCAACACCGCCUCCGUCACCCCCGGCAACCAGGCCCUGCCCACGGGCAGCAUCGACCUCACCGCUUGCUCCACCCCCGAACAGAGCUUCCUUAAAGCGGCCACUGCAAAAGACGGAAAACCGCGACCGGCCCAGUGGAAGACCGGAAACGGGUCUGAAGACGUAGGCAACGACAGGGAGGAGCAAGAGGCCAGCUCCGCCUACCUGGAGGCGGGGCUGUCCCUGGAACAGUCCAAUCAGACGGUGACAGUAGACUUCUGUCAGGAGAUGACAGAUAAAUGUACAACCGACGAACAGCCCAACAGAAAGGACUGUACUUAAUGAUGGUGGUUUGUUUCUCUGUGUUGAUGUUUUUUUUUAUUAUUAUUAUUUAAUUUAGUUACGUCUUCUGACAACCCCUCAAAACUCGAGGGCUGUUGAGAUGGCCAGCCUCUGCCAGUGUUUUUGAUUAUUUUAUAUACAUAUUUAUGUCUUUGUAAUUGUCUUUUUUUUAAACAAAGGUUGACACUACAGUUGUCUUAACAGCAGCAAUACUGUUCUCCAGGUUUUCUCUCAUUCAGCCAUGGCAGAGUGGCUGAGACCUUCUCACAGAACUUCACGAUGGUGCUACACCUUUCCAUGACAGUGCAAGACUGUCUGUUUCCAGUUACAGUCCAUUCAGAUGGGAUGGGCUCUGACCACAUCUCAAAUUCAGACCUCUAUGGACCUAGCAGCAGCAUUUUGCUCUCUCUCUCUCUCUAUCUCUCUGUCUCUUUCCUCACCCCACCUCCAUUCCCUAUUUCUGCCCUCUACCUCUAAACCUCUAUCACUCCUUCUCUUGUCUCUUUCUCUUUGUGGCCCUUGUCACAGUAAAUUCAAACUCAGGAAAUAUUCUGAAUGUUCAGUAUAACUCAUGAAAAAAAAAAAUACAGAUUUUUUUGUUUUCUACAGCAGCUAGACUGUAAAUGUCCAUAUGCAAAAAUGUCUUCUGCAUCAUACGUUUGUAGUGUCUGUGUACCGCAACACUUAAUUUGUACAGAUGGUGGUAUCUAAAAACAUUCCUCCUUUGCCUUCCACAACACUGAUACGAAAGAAAGUACGACGGAAAGACGAACGAUUCGAAUUGCAGUUUCGGCCACCUUUUGCGUCAGCAAUACUGUACCGUUGGAUGUUUUUUUUCGAGAAGUGCUCGCUCGGCAGAAAGCGUAUUGUAAAUAGUACGGCGCAUGGACACGGUCCCGGUAAUAUUGUACAGGUAGAACUUUAGAUGGCUUUUUCUUUUCUUUCUUUUUCUCUGGGGUUUGAUCAAGCACCUUUUUGCCACGAAGGGAAAAUCGUUGCUGUUUCCUGUCUCGAAUGAAUUCCCCAUGACGAUGGGUGUGCUUAAACUCAGGAAAUUAGCAUUCUUACACUCACUCACGCAUGCACACACACACGCUCACAUACGAACCCCCCCAGUGCAGCGCGUAGAGCCCUUGCAUGUAAUCUGGAUGUAAAUGGUGUGUGUGUAGUGGUGAGCUGUUCUCCUUUAAAUGUGAAAACGUGCUCUUUUAUCAGUAUUUACAGUGUGCUUGCAGACACCUCCGAACAGUGUUACGUAAAACAAACGUCAUCACACCCUUUCGGUUUUGUCCCGCGUUUUACUGCUCGGACAGGAACACGAACUCAAUUAAAGGGUUUUGCCCUUACCUGUUGUUACCCCUCAGCACUCUUUGACCGCUUAGCACUUCUGAAAGGGUAGAUUUCUUUUUCAGGACCCUAAAAAGUCUGAAAUUGAAGCACUUAACACAGACACUUAAAAGUGUCUCUCCUGGCUGAUGAUCUUUUAAAGAACAUUUUCAGAUUCAUUUAAAUAAAUAAAUCAAAAAGUUAAAAUUGCGUAUUUAUGGAAGACACUAGAAAGCUAUUUUAGAGAGCAUCGAAAAUCUGCUCUGAAUUGGAUGGAAUAAGCCAAUUCUUUAAAGUCGACCUAAAUUUUCCUUUAUUGUACAUUUGUUAGAUGCGUAUAUCCAUACUGAUGGGAUUGCAUGCUGCCUGUAUGUUUUAUAUAGUUUGUUUAGAGUUUCUUUGCCUCGAAAUGUAGGAUUGAAUCUCGAUGAGUUCACUCUGCAAAAACUAAGAGCAUUUAUCUUUAAAAAACAAACAAAAAAAUGGAUCUCCCAAUAAGUAAUGCAACACAGUUGGGAGUGCCACUCAUUUGACAUAGUUCCAUGUAUUAUUUGAAUGACCUUUGACCCCUAGAGCUCAACGUGUGCGUGCUUGUGCAUUUCCGAGUCUGAUAGUUUGAUAUUCAGACAAGUUGUUUCAAGUUGUAAUACAUCCCCUCUCCCUCUCGUAUGCAAGCACACACACACACACAGACACACAAACAUGUCACACUGGGUGGAGUGUCUCUCCUAGGGAUGUAGAAUCUAGAGGUGUUGUGAUGGAUAGUUGUGCUGUUGUUUUCGUUGUGGAUCUGUUCUCUUUUUCUAAAGACAUUUUAACAGUAUUUGCCAUUUCUAAAUUGUAAUCAGGUACAAGACUAGAACUAAAGAUUUAUGGGUCCAAGUGGACAUUUGUGCACACAUAUGCAAAUCAUCCCUAUAGUGAUGCGUUUUUUUUUCUUUUUCUUAUUUCUUGUUGUAUAAAUAAUGAAGCGUGGAAAGCAUGACCUUCCACCUGACAAGCACACUGUCGUACACUUGAGAAUCUACAGUAUGUCCACAAUUUCUGGAAAAAAAACUAAAGGUCACACCUGCAUCAAGGCUAUCCAAAAACAUUUUCCCAAAUCUGCUUUUAUGUUCCUCGCAUAGCAAAGUAUUUGUCGUGUACUUGCGCGUUUCUGGGCUGUACAUGAAACGGCUGACUCCUCACGCUUGCACACUUGGCCUUGGGAGCCUGGGGAUGCUUCGGUUCAGGCCGACGCUUGGAAACGGUGGAAGAAGCCGAGAGUCUUUGUGACAAGGAUUGGAAUUCUGACCUCUGUUA